AAGAGUUUGCGGGCGGAGUCGGUUACCGUAAGAGAUAAAUUGUGCGCGGUACAAUAGGGAGAGCCCGGGUACGACGCUGUCCUUUACUAUUCUGUACAGGGGAUCGUUUGGGAAUCUGGUACCUUAAGCCCAUUAGAGCACCUUAAUUGAAAAGUGAAAUUAUAAAGCAAAAAAAAUAUGUCGGCAAAUAAAGAUGGAGACGGUGGAUGGAAGAGCUUUCUGUGGAAUUCGGAAAGGAAGGAAUUUCUAGGACGCACGGGUGGCAGUUGGUUUAAAAUCUUGUUGUUCUACCUGAUCUUCUAUGGAUGCUUGGCUGGGAUUUUCAUCGGGACCAUCCAGGCCCUGCUGCUAACCCUUAGUAACUACAAACCCACCUACCAGGACAGAGUCGCCCCACCAGGUUUAUCCCACACCCCACGCUCUGAAAAGUUUGAGAUCUCUUACAAUGUCAACGAUGUGGAGACGUAUCUGAAGUACACCAAGAGCAUCAAGGAGUUCCUGGAGAUGUACGAUGAUGAGAGGCAGACCGACCAGAUGAAGUACGAAGACUGUGGAGAAUUACCUGGAUCGUACAUUGACCGUGGUGAGCUGGAGAGUGACGUUGGAGCGAGGAAGGCCUGCAGGUUCAAGCGGACCUGGCUGGGACCCUGUGCUGGUCUGGAAGGUCACGACGAAAACUUUGGCUUCAAGGAUGGGAAACCCUGCCUGAUCGCCAAGCUCAACAGGAUCAUCAACUUCAGACCAAGGCCUCCAACCAACAACGCCUCCGUCCCUGAAGCCGGCCACAUCAGAGUCCAGGCCAACGUCAUGCCCAUCCACUGUCAGAACAAGAGAGAGGAGGAUGCUAGCAAGAUUGGUGAGAUCAAGUACUACGGCAUGGGCAUGGGGUUCCCCCUCCAGUACUACCCCUACUAUGGCAAGCUGCUGCAUCCCCAGUACCUGCAACCUCUGGUGGCCAUUCAGUUUACCAACCUCACCUUCAACGAGGAGCUGCGUCUUGAGUGCAAAGUGUACGGAGCGAACAUUGACUACAGCGAGAAAGAUCGCUACCAAGGACGCUUUGACGUUAAGUUCACUAUCGCCAAUUCAUGACCUCAGCUAUGAAAAUAGCACUUUUCUCUGCCCCUAUUUCAAAACAAGUUGAUUUAGAGAAAUAAAGAAAAAUAGUUAAAUUAAAACACGACUAGUCUUGGAACAAACUUUCAAAAUAUACGGGACCUACUGUUAAUCUGUGUGCUUUAAACUGGCUUCCUGCAUAAUGUCUAGGGUUAGAAUGUACAUUUCACCGGCUUCCUGCAUAAUGUCUAGGGUUAGAAUGUACAUUACACCGGCUUCCUGCAUAAUGUCUAGGGUUAGAAUGUACAUUUCACCGGCUUCCUGCAUAAUGUCUAGGGUUAGAAUGUACAUUACACCGGCUUCCUGCAUAAUGUCUAGGGUUAGAAUGUACAUUACACCGGCUUCCUGCAUAAUGUCUAGGGUUAGAAUGUACAUUACACCGGCUUCCUGCAUAAUGUCUAGGGUUAGAAUGUACAUUUCACCGGCUUCCUGCAUAAUGUCUAGGGUUAGAAUGUACAUUACACCGGCUUCCUGCAUAAUGUCUAGGGUUAGAAUGUACAUUACACCGGCUUCCUGCAUAAUGUCUAGGGUUAGAAUGUACAUUUCACCGGCUUCCUGCAUAAUGUCCAGGGUUAGAAUGUACAUUUCACCGGCUUCCUGCAUAAUGUCUAGGGUUAGAAUGUACAUUUCACCGGCUUCCUGCAUAAUGUCUAGGGUUAGAAUGUACAUUUCACCGGCUUCCUGCAUAAUGUCCAGGGUUAGAAUGUACAUUUCACCGGCUUCCUGCAUAAUGUCUAGGGUUAGAAUGUACAUUUCACCGGCUUCCUGCAUAAUGUCUAGGGUUAGAAUGUACAUUAAACCGGCUUCCUGCAUAAUGUCUAUAGUUGGAAUGUAAAUUACAGGAAGAGUAACAAUAGCAACAUAUUUAUUCUACUGUAAAUGAGAAGUCCUUGAGCCAUGGGACAUUCAUCUUUUACUGUAAAUAACAAUUCCACUACUGAUAUGUAGCGAGCAGUGUUUCUGUCUGUCCGCUAAGUAGUCUGCCUAAUGUGCUUUCUAUAUAUUUUUGGAGUGUCCAGUACAGUAGUGGCAUACAGUGGUCCUUUCCAAGCCAUGUUGUAAUUUCUCUUGUCUAUUGUCAGUAAGCUUUAGUGGUCCAAGGUGUGUGUGUCUUAGUGUUUGUGUUUAUGUGUUAAGUGUGUUAGUUUAUUAAAUGUGAGUGUGUGGAUGUGUGUUAAUGUACUCUUUACUAAAUUAAAUUACUGGCAUGGUACGCUCUGAUCUCUCUAGGUCUGAGUGAUCUCUCUCUAGGUAUGUGUGUGACUUAUCUCUCUCUAGGUCUGUGUGUGACUUAUCUCUCUCUAGGUCUGUGUGUGACUUAUCUCUCUCUAGGUCUGUGUGUGACUUAUCUCUCUCUAGGUCUGUGUGUGACGUAUCUCUCUCUAGGUCUGUGUGUGACUUAUCUCUCUCUAGGUCUGUGUGUGACUUAUCUCUCUCUAGGUCUGUGUGUGACUUAUCUCUCUCUAGGUAUGUGUGUGACUUAUCUCUCUCUAGGUCUGUGUGUGACUUAUCUCUCUCUAGGUAUGUGUGUGACUUAUCUCUCUCUAGGUCUGUGUGUGACUUAUCUCUCUCUAGGUCUGUGUGUGACUUAUCUCUCUCUAGGUCUGUGUGUGACUUAUCUCUCUCUAGGUCUGUGUGUGACGUAUCUCUCUCUAGGUCUGUGUGUGACUUAUCUCUCUCUAGGUCUGUGUGUGACUUAUCUCUCUCUAGGUCUGUGUGUGACUUAUCUCUCUCUAGGUCUGUGUGAUCUCUCUCUAGGUCUGUGUGUGACUUAUCUCUCUCUAGGUCUGUGUGAUCUCUCUCUAGGUCUGUGUGAUCGCUCUAGGUCUGUUUGAUCUCUCUAGGCCUGUGUGAUCUCUCUAGGUCUGUGUGAUCUCUCUCUAGGUCUGUGAGAUCUCUCUCUAGGUCUGUGUGAUCUCUCUAGGUCUGUGUGAUCUCUCUAGGUCUGUGUGAUCUCUCUCUAGGUCUGUGUGAUCUCUCUCUAGGUCUGUGUGAUCUCUCUAGGUCUGUGUGAUCUCUCUAGGUCUGUGUGAUCUCUCUAGGUCUGUGUGAUCUCUCUCUAGGUCUGUGAGAUCUCUCUCUAGGUCUGUGUGAUCUCUCUAGGUCUGUGUGAUCUCUCUAGGUCUGUGUGAUCUCUUUCUAGGUCUGUGUGAUCUCUCUCUAGGUCUGUGUGAUCUCUCUCUAGGUCUGUGUGAUCUCUCUAGGUCUGUGUGAUCUCUCUAGGUGUAUGUGAUCUCUCUCUUGGUCUGUCUGAUCUCUCUCUAGGUCUGUGUGAUCUCUCUCUAGGUCUGUGUGAUCUCUCUAGGUCUGUGUGAUCUCUCUAGGUCUGUGUGAUCUCUCUAGGUCUGUGUGAUCUAUCUCUAGGUCUAUGUGAUCUCUCUCUAGGUCUGUGUGAUCUCUCUCUAAGUCUGUGUGAUCUCUCUAGGUCUGUGUGCUCUCUCUAUGUCUGUGUGAUCUCUCUCUAGGUCUGUGUGAUCUCUCUAGGUCUAUGUGAUCUCUCUCUAGGUCUGUGUGAUCUCUCUCUAGGUCUGUGUGAUCUCUCUCUCUAAGUCUGUGUGGUCUCUCUAGGUCUGUGUGAUCUCUCUCUAGGUCUGUGUGAUCUCUCUAGGUCUGUGUGAUCUCUCUAGGUCUAUGUGAUCUCUCUAGGUCUGUGUGAUCUCUCUCUAGGUCGGUGUGAUCUCUCUCUAGGUCUGUGUGAUCUCUCUCUAGGUCUGUGUGUUAUCUCUCUAGGUCUGUGUGAUCUCUCUCUAUGUCUGUGUGAUCUCUCUAGGUCUGUGUGAUCUCUCUCUAGGUCUGUGUGAUCUCUCUAGGUCUGUGUGAUCUCUCUCUAGGUCUGUGUGAUCUCUCUCUAGGUCUAUGUGAUCUCUCUCUGGGUCUGUGUGAUCUCUCUCUAGGUCUGUGUGAUCUCUUUCUAGGUCUAUGUGAUCUCUCUCUAGGUCUAUGUGAUCUCUAUAGGUCUGUGUGAUCUCUCUCUAUGUCUGUGUGAUCUCUCUAGGUCUGUGUGAUCUCUCUCUAGGUCUGUCAGUAAAUAGCUGCACACCCUGGAAUGCUUUACCUUCAUUUAUUUUUCAGUUUAUUGGGAGAAUCAUUUUUGUUUGAUGCUUCUCUUCUUCUCUCUGUUUGAUGCUUCUCCUUCCACCUCCUCCUCUUCUUCUCUCUGUUUGAUGCUUCUCCUUCCACUUCCUCUUCUCUCUGUUUGAUGCUUCUCCUCCUCUUCUUCUUUCUGUUUGAUGCUUCUCCUUCCACCUCCUCCUCUUCUUCUCUCUGUUUGAUGCUUCUCCUCCUCUUCUUCUUUCUGUUUGAUGCUUCUCCUUCCACCUCCUCCUCUUCUUCUCUCUGUUUGAUGCUUCUCCUCUUCUUCUCUCUGUUUGAUGCUUCUCCUCCUCUUCUUCUCUCUGUAGUCUACAACUAGCUGUGUUCUGUGUGUCCAGCAGCAGGCAGGGGAGACUAGCUUCCUUCCUCCUUCAUGGAGACACUGACAGCAACUCAGUGCUUUUAAAAACAAAACCAUUUUGUUGUUGCUGGAGACAUCACAUGACGUGGUGUAACUUUCUAACAAAUGUUUUAGUCAUUUUCACGGUGGAAGAAUUAUAUAUUUAUGCAGUUGUACAUUUUUUUUUUUUUUUUUUUUUUUUUUAGCAGGAAAAAGUCUAAAUGUAUGAAUCCGGUACCAAAGUCGCUGGUCAAAAAGUUAGAAUAUCAGAAGCAAUGCAGUACCCUGUGUAAUAGGAUGUUUUGUUGGUGUAAAAGUGAUUCGUGUUUAUCAUCCGGACCUUUGUCAGUAGUCCGUCUGCUCCUGUCAUUCAAUUAAAUCUGGGUAAGACCUUAAAGACAAAUAAAUUGAGAAAUGUA